CUGUGGCGGACAAGUUAUAAGAUGAUCGGGCGCUCUCUUUUUCUUCUUCUUUAGGUCCUUUUCCCUCGAUCGAUGGUGAGGUCGCCGAAGCCAACGCCGGAGGACGACGUCCACCACCGGACGGCCCCGGCCGCGGCAGGGAGACGGAAGGGUACCGUCAACCGGGCGUGGCUGGUUGUGUCGGACUCCGGACGGUCGUACCACGAGGAGGUGGGGAAGCACUCCAUCAUGCGGCGUACGGGGCUCCCCGCCCGCGACCUGCGGGUCCUCGAUCCUUUGCUCUCCUACCCGUCUACGAUACUCGGACGGGAGCGGGCCAUCGUCAUCAACCUGGAGCACAUCAAGGCCGUCAUCACCGCCACCGAGGUGCUCAUCCCCAACUCAAGUGACCCCUUGGUCGCCCCUUUCGUCCAGGACCUUCAAUCCCGGGUCUCCAGUUCCUACGGCGCCCCUCAGCAGGAGGCUCAAGACACUGGCGAUUUAGAUGGGGAGGUUAUGGGAAAGUCUACAUCAUGCUGGCCUUCCUUUCCUGGUCAGGAAAUGAGACAUGGAUCUGGAGUAUCUAAAGAGCAUGGUUCCUUAUCUGGUGAUGUGUCACAAGGCAGCCCAAGUCCUGAAUUAGAUGUCACCAAUGAUGGGAGUACCAAGGUGGCACCUUUUGAGUUCAGAGUUCUUGAAGUCUGUCUUGAAUCUGCUUGCAGGUGCCUUGAGUCCGAGACACUAGCCCUAGAACAAGAGGCAUAUCCAGCUUUGGAUGAAUUGACUUCGAAAAUAAGCACACUUAACCUUGAGCGUGUAAGACAAAUCAAGUCUCGCUUGGUGGCAAUAUCUGGGCGCGUCCAGAGGGUGAGGGAUGAACUUGAACAUUUACUGGAUGAUGACAUGGACAUGGCUGAGAUGUACCUAACAGAUAAGCUUGCUAGUCAGCGAGUUGGUGAAUCUUCAUCUAGAAUUAACUUGGAUAAUGAUGCAUCUGAGCAGGCGGAUGAUGGGGAUGAUGAGUUCAGAGUUGAGACAGAGAGCUGCCGUGAAAGUUUUGGAGCCUUAAAGCCUAAUAUUGAGGAGCUGGAGAUGCUUUUGGAGGCUUACUUUGUGCAGAUUGAUGGCACUCUUAACAAGCUAUAUCAUUUGAGGGAGUAUGUGGAUGACACUGAAGACUACAUAAACAUUAUGCUGGAUGAGAAACAGAAUCAACUGCUGCAGAUGGGGGUCAUGCUGAGCACUGCAACGGUGGUGACUACUGCUGGUGUCGUGCUUGUAGGUCUAUUUGGUCGUAUCAAGUCGAGAAAAUGUAUCAGUUCUUCUGGGUGAAGAUGCCGUGGACUUUGAGAGCUCAUCUUUGAGGAACGGUGAGCUGUUUCCCAGACAUCGAUGUAUUCCUUUUCAGUUAAAGCAGGGGAUGGUCGCUGGUGUUUCUGAGGGAGAAAGCAGUUAAUGAUGAUGGCGUAGAUGAAUCGAGACUCGACGCCGAGAAGACCAAGGCAAGUGGAUUGAUCAAAAAUGAACUCUUGGAGAGAGAUGAUGGAGAAGGUAAGAUGUAGCAAGUGGAUCGAUCAAAAAGACGCAAUCAGUGCAGCAGUUGGAAAUAUGCCAGCUGCUGAAGUGGAUCUCAUGCUGGCAUGCCAGCUGCUGAAGUGGAUCUCAUGCUGGCAGUUUCUUCUUGGGGUCUCCAAAACAUCUAGCAGCUCUCCAAGACAUAACCUUUUACGAUGCAAUAGUGCAGGAGUUAAAAAUAGGAUUAAUUUAGAUUAUUUUUUGUAGUUGGUUACCCUUAGUAUUUUAGUUUCUAUAUUUUUAAAAAUUAUAUUGAUAUUUUUAUAGUUACGAAAGUAAAAUAUCUAGAUCUAUUUAUUUUAA